AGAUCAGUCAUCGGAUCCAAAAUUUGUCGAAAAAAUCAGGAAAAUGUGGACGAGUGUGAAUCAGAUGAAGACUAUCACCGUGCAGACAAAUUGGUGUGAUUAUUCUUCAUUUUCCGAAGAUCCGUAAAGAUCCUUGAAAAUUCUAGUGGAACACGAAAACACCCAUGGGAACAAGCACAUGGAUAAGGAACAAGAUCGGACGGUCUAAUAUCUGAUUUUGUUAAGGGUUGAUUAAAAUCAGAUCGGUCUGAAAAGUACAUCAUGCUAAUAUGAGAGGUGAAUCAGACUGACGGUAAUAGCUGAAGUCCGGACAGUUCUUUAUUUUUGUGUUGGCGCUUGUCUUCGUGCAUCCAUGCCCUUUGCUAUAGCUAUUCGCGACAUCCCAUUGCCUAUUAUCUCUACAGCGUAAAGAUAUCUUUCUACUAGACGCGUGGACAAGAAAAAUAAAUUCCCUCUUUCCGCUGCUACCCAUUUCAACGUUGAUGCUGUGUACCACAAGAAAAUAUUUAUUCCAUUGAUUUUCAUGAUUGGCUUGAUCUCAAACAGCUAAAGAAAUAAGAAUUUGAAAUUGCGAUUGUACUACCUCUGUAUCUGUCGGUCUCCAGUGUAAUAAUCCCCACCAUCAAGACUAGUACAAAAUGACUGUUUCUGACAUUGCCGCUAUGGAAGUUGAGGCGCAGGAGAAGGUCGCCGAAACUAAGGAGGUGGAAGCCAAGGAGGUGGAAGGCAAGGAGGUGGAAGCCAAGGAGGUCGAAGAAGCAUCUCCUGCCUCGCCAGACUCCGAAAUGAAGGAUGCUGCUGAAGACCAGGAAGGAGAAAAGGAUGGAAAGGUUACGAAAUGGAUGAAAUUAUUAGAAAUGCGUUUGAAAAGAGUACCUUCUAGGACAGAGCGCUAAAAUGCAACGGGGACAAGGAUUAAAUCACGUGGUCAUCUUUAUUUGAUCCUUUUUGCCCGUGAUCAGUAGGGCCCACUAUGUAUUGUAAGCAUCGAGAGUCGUGAACAAAAACUGCGAAAAACAUGAUUGAUAUGCUCAGCAUCUUCUAAUACCCAAUCAGCCGAUGAUUCUGAUGCCGCAAACAAAGAGAGCAACGACGAUGAAGAGAAGGUGGAAUCUCCAGCAAAAGAGGAAGAUGAGGAAGAGAAAGAGCCAGAAGUCGAGGAAGAUAACGGAGAAAGAGACGAAAAGCUGGAAGACGAUAAGGAAGAAGACUUGUUCCCAUAUGGCACACAAGUUCUCAAUGGUAAUUAUUCCAUUCAUAUGUUGUUCCAGAGAAAUGAAACUUUUUUUGUCUCGGGUCUACCUGAAGAUUAUUCCAUCCAUAAUAAAACACGCUAGUUAAAAAUAGUCUGCAUUCCCAUAGUUUUAGUUGCGGCGCAUGCCUUGGUUUUUGCUGUUUGAAAUAAGAGUGAUUUUUGAAGCUAAAUUGUGCCUGCUCCCAAAUGAGGCAUUACACUACAGCUACACUGAAAUCAACAAACAAACAGACUGGGAUCGUACCUUCAACGCUAUGUCGGCAGAAAAUAAGACAUCCUUGACGUCAAUUCAAGCCGAUGGAUUCAACAACCUUUUCGCGGGUAUGCGCGGAACUGUCGGAUUCCACUCUGGUACAGCUUAUGAUUAGUUUAUUGUGGUCGUGCUCGUACAGCAUUUUAAGCUUCUUUUCUACGCAUGAGGUAAGGGGUUUCUGGCGAUCUUCGUUAGAUAUUAGCAGGGUCUAUCCUCCUGACCACUGUGGUGACGCUUGGCGGACGGGAUAUGUUGUAGGUUGUACUUAUUUCUUUAAGACGAGGAACAUCAAAAUUUUUUUUCGACCAGUAACCUGCCUGCGAGUAGUGAAUAUCCCAACCCUUUCACCUCCCAGGUCGCUACUACUUCGAGAUCAAGAUGUUGGAUCACCCACGCAUGGUCCGUGUUGGUUUCUCGACACUCACCGACGAUUUGUCCCUCGACAGCUCUACGGCUUUCCUCUUCGACUCAAUGGGUGACGUUGUCUCCCAGGGCGUGCGACAGAAGGCAGUCAACCCGCGCUGGUCCCGAACUGACGUCGUCGGUGUUCUGCUCAACGUCUCAAUGAAAACCGUCACUUUGUACUUGAACGGAACAAAGACGCCGACAGGUAGAUUUUGCGAUGUUACCAACUCGUAUUUCUAUUUGGGUCCUUGUUUACCAAGACGAUUUGAGAUAUAUGUAGCAGUAGCGUCUAAGUAUGUGUCUGUAACAAUCCCGGAGUAUCAGAAUCUGAAAGAACAACAAAUUUAGUCUGCAGCGUUUGCAGUUCAUAGCACACGCAGGUAUAGUAGUAGUCGACAGAGUUCUGCCAUUGAUUUGGCAAGCAAUGCAAAGCUACUACAAGUUUAUCAAUCUAAUCAGAUUUCAGAAGACGCAGUCGUUUUGAGCACAUUUCUGCAUGCGUGCUACAGAUUACCUACUGAUUACUCGACCCUAGAUGACCAUAAUUUUACACUCAUAGAUUGACUACUGAGUACUCGAUCCUCGUCCAUACAUCGCCUGCGGCAGCAAUUUGAAUUCAUCUUAGUAUCUCGCAUUCUUACAGGUCAAGUCACUAGCCUUCCGGAUUCCAUGUUCGAGAAUGGAAAAUUGAAAGCGGCUUUGUACCCAGCAAUCGCCAGUAAGGGAAGCGCCGUCGAGUGCAACUUCAGCCGCAAGGUCUGGAAGGAUCUUCCGUUUAAGACAAGAAUGGUUGGCUGCGGACGCAAGGCAGAUGCCGUCCUAUCGACGAAAAAGCGACAUAGUGGUACCUCUUGAAUACUAGAAGAUGGUGAUGGACUCCAUAAUUUUGUGCUAAGCAAGGUCUUGAAGUGUAAUGGAUAAUGCCGUGAUCCUACUUCGCAUUAUCCUCCUGGUAGUGUCGAAGACUGAUUAUCUCCUAGUGCCGACGUUUGAAGUCGAUUCGAUUCUUUAUUAUAUAUAACUGGUCUUGUUCUUCUUGGAAUUUCCAUGGAAAGCAGGUACCCGUUGCAGUCGUAAAUCCUUCAUCCCACCACUACAACAGAAAUCUCCGCUGAAGAUGCAGCAAACACGACGGUCGAGGUUACGAUUCCGGUUGGAUUCGACUCUACGGCACUUGUCGAAGAAUACAAGAAGGACCAUCCAGAUGCAUGGGUACUGCUUCAAUUUUUCUUUCGAUGUCAUUUACCUGAUCUUCGUCCUCCAUAGCUUACAAGGGUAGAAGAAUGUUCAGCAGUGUGCAUACUGGAAAAGUUGUCUUAAUCUUUUCCAUUUCCGAUGAGCAUGAGACCUAUCUAUAAUGUUAAUGUUUCACCACUCAGAGUCACAUUCUGUUAAAUAAACCAAAGUGGUCAGGUCUUGACCGGAUCAGAGCUCGCACUAUGGGGUGAGAAGAGCGGUCUCGCAAAGCGCGGCCAGCAGAGAGGACAGGAGAAGUGGGGUGUUGGAUGCUUGGAUGCACCGAUGAGCGUUUUCCCGAUGCUGCUGAAGGGUACCCAUUUGAUACUGAUUUCUUGCUGAUGCGAUUCACUGGAUAGAGUCUUUCAGGUCAAUCAUGAUAUCUAAAUGUGACAAAGAGAACAAGCAAAGUCAGACGGAUUGGAAAAUCGCUUGCCUAGCUUCCUCCUCGCACUAACCUACACCAGGUGGCAACAAGUACCUGAUGUCGCUGAAUACUAUGCACAAUUUGCACCCGAGUCAGCGAGCAGAUGUCAUGGCAAAACUCCGUCACGCUUUGAACGUCAAAAUCAACGCUUUGGUAUGCGUCAAUUCAGUGGUGGAUGUGUUGGAGAACAAGAAGCCAGUGCCGCAGCAAGUUCGGGAUUACUAUGAGCAUGUCAAGCUUCCGUCAGAGGAUGAAGGUAUCUGUAUCUCUUGCAGCUUGACUUUUUUUUGCUCCACCUUCGCAUUGAAAUUAUUGUAAAUUUGCCCAGUCUUAUACUUAUUCCCUGCAGCGCUUCAUGAACCAAGUUGUAGAUUUUCAUUUUGAUGAUCCUCCACGCUCCAAUACAUUUCCGCACUCCAAUACCAGGUUGGUCUUCCAUCAAGUAUUCCUACACCGGGGAAGAAAAUCUUACCCAAGAAGAGAUGGGCGUUAUGGUGAACGAGAAAUUCACCGCCUGGAAGAAAGACUGCAAGCUGAAGUCCAAGGUGAGCGACUUGCGAAAGAGUACGUACUAUCAAUCGCAACUUGCAAAGUUCGCGAAGCUGAAACAAUUACAGCACAAGACGACCGCUGAAACGGCACGCAAGAACCAUGUGGCACAACAACAAAAAAUGUUGGAAGAAAAGAAGGCAAAAAAAGCGGCAGAAAAAGAAGAAGCGAAGAAAGCGGCAGAAGAGAAGAAGGCAGAGGAGAAGAAGGAAGGUAAUGUUGAACAACGUGAUAGGUUUAUUACGUUACAGCUUAAUAGGUACCAUGUUCUCGUUCUAAUUAGAAGGCACAGGGAGGCUGAAAGGCCUCAAGAACGUUAGGCAAGACGUAAAACGAGGUAUCAUGACACUACUACUACUUCUACUCCUACUCAUCAUGAUUUCAAUUUUUCAAAAUCAAUACCGCUACCUCGUGCCAAUAUCUUCAACGAACAGGUGAAGAGGAGGAAGAAGAGAAGGCAGAGGAACCGGAAGAAGAGGAAGAGGAAGAAGCUAUUGAGGAAUUGCCAGAGAUUAUGGAGGAAUUCGCGGAAGAGGACUGGAUGUUGGCGUUGCUGA